ACACGGGGGGGUUUGACCCCAGUGGGAGCAGGAAAAUGGUCUGUAGCCCCACGAGGAAGCGGAGCUGACGGUGGGAGCGACUCCAGGCUGCACUGAGCCCCGGAUCCCCCCUGGCCCCGAUGACCGAUGAGCACAGCAGAGCAGAGAGCUCUUCAUCCUCCGACCCCGAGCUGUACUAUGAGGAAGAGGAGGAUGAAGAUGGGUCCGAACCCUCCGACAGCAGCAGCAUCUGCUCCGACGACUCCAUCUACCCCCCCUCAGAGCCCCCAUGUGGGGCUGGGGGGUCGGGGGAGCUGAGUCUCUAUCAGUGCUGCCUGCGCAACGAUGCCCAGCUGCUGCGGGAACGGCUGCGCUGUGGGGUGGGAAGGGGGGAGGCCACAGAGCUGGAUGUCAAUGGCAGGAACGGGCUGAUGGUCGCCUGCUGUCAGGGCUUCGUGGACAUCGUGCCCCUCCUGCAGCACUGCCCCUACAUGGACGUCAACCAGCAGGACAACGAGGGCAACACGGCGCUGAUGAUGGCGGCGCAGGCAGGGCACAUCACCAUCGUUAAUUACCUCCUUAAUUACUUCCCGGCGUUGGAUGUGGAGCGGCGCGAUGCCCGCGGGCUGACGGCGCUGAUGAAGGCAGCGGUGCAGGGACGGCACGACUGCGUCACCGCGCUGCUGAUGGCAGGAGCCGACCUGCACGCUGUGGACCCCGUCAAAGGGAAGACAGCCAGAGAUUGGGCCGCCUUCACCGGCCGCUUCGAGACCACCGUCCGCAUCCGGACCCUCCUCCGGCGCCCACGAGCUGAGCAGUUUGGCACCCAUUACCUCCCCGAGUGGCCGGCGUUGGCCGGGCUGGUGGCCAAAGCCCUGAGCCCCAAAUCCUUCAGCCAACGGCUGUCGGAGAAGAUCCGUUCCAUCUUCACCUUCCGCAUCCCCCGCGAUCCAGAGGAGGACGGCGUGUUGGACCACAUGGUGAGGAUGACCACCUCCUUAGCCAGCCCCUUUGUGAGCACUGCUUGUAGAACCAUCUGCCCCGAUAGCCCACCCGAAGUGGGCAAGAGGAGGCUCUCGGUGGCGGAGAUCCUCCAAGGGCCGGGCACUGGGACAGCAUCAUGCAAUGGCCAACUGAUGGGUCAUGGCCAACUGGAAAGGCAAGGCCAACUGGAAAGGCAAGGCCAACUGGAAAGGCAAGGCCAACUGGAAGGUCAUGGCCAACUGGAAGGUCAUGGCCAACUGGAAGGGUAUGGCCAACAUGUUGGCAAUGGCCAAGUUGCGUUGGACCGAGCGGUACCGGAGAUGGCACCACACCGUCACCGUCUCCUGGGCUUCCUCCCCCGGCUCCUUCGUGCCAACUGCAUCUUCCCCGGGGAGCGAGUGCCCAGGAUCAAGCUGAGCAAAGCCAGCUCUCCUCCAGCAGGUGGGAGGGAGAGGAGACCCCGUGUCCGAGACAAGGGGCUGCUACAGCCACCCAAAUGGAGGUACAAGGAGCUGAAGGAGGAUAAGCGAGCGGCUGAGGAGGCAGAAGGGGAAAAGAAGAGGAAAAAGGGGAAAAAGGGGCGCUGAAUUGGGUGGGGGUCCCUAUGUUGACCUCUUGUCUGAUGGGGGUUUUGGGGUUGCCCCCCACCCUUGUGCUGUUGGUUUGGUGCUGUCGGCCCCAUGGUGAUGGGUGGGAUCCU